GGGUCACAGGGGUCGUUGGUGGCGAAGCGGAGACCGUCCGGGGCCGACACCCUCGGCCUCUUGGCGCUGCCCCCCUCGCAGGUCUGUGUUUCUGAGAAGAAACGUCACCCCAGCUUCACUGCUCAAGGGAUGGGAUCAGAGAGCAGUGCUCUGAAGAGCUAUACCCUUCAAGAGCCACCCUUUAGCCUCCCUGCUGGCCUGCUUGUUUACCCAGCCGUGCUACAAGAUGGCAAGCUCGCCUCGGUUUUUGUAUACAAGAGAGACAAGGAAGACAAGGUUAAUAAAGCUGCCAAGCAUUUAAAGACCCUGCGCCAUCCCUGCUUACUGCGGUUCCUGUCUUGCACUGUGGACACCAGCGGUGUCCACCUGGUCACUGAAAGAGUGCAGCCUCUCGGUGUGGCUCUGGAAGCGCUGUCUGCCGCCGAGCUCUGUGCUGGCAUCUAUGAUGUGCUGCUGGCUCUCAUUUUCCUUCACGACAGAGGAAACCUAACGCACAACAAUGUCUGUUUGUCAUCUGUGUUUGUAAGUGAGGAUGGGCACUGGAAGCUAGGAGGAAUGGAAACAGUCUGUAAGGUCUCUGAAGCCACACCAGAGUUUCUGAGAAGCAUUCAGUCGUUGAGAGACCAGGCAUCUGUGCCUCCUGAAGAAAAGUCUGCAGAAUUCAGAACUUUGCUGAAGACAAAUGGACAUGCCCGAGAUGCCUAUUCAUUUGGAAUAAUGGUGGAAAAUUUGCUCACAAUCUUAAGUGAACAAGUUUCAGCGGAUAGUCUGUCAGGCUUUCAGCAAACCUUGCGCUCAAUGCUCUUGAACCCUGAUCCAGAGGUUCGGCCAGCACUCUGUACCUUACUGUCUCAUGACUUCUUUAGAAAUGAUUUCCUAGAAGUUGUGAAUUUCCUGAAGAGUUUAACAUUGAAGAGUGAAGAAGAAAAAACUGAAUUUUUCAAAUUUCUGCUCGAUAGAGUCAGUGGCUUGUCAGAGGAACUGAUAGCUUCCAGGUUGGUCCCUCUACUGCUUAACCAACUGGUGUUUGCAGAACCAGUAGCUGUCAAGAGUUUCCUUCCUCACUUGCUUGGUCCAAAGAAAGAUAAGCAGGGAGAAAAACGGACAGGCUGUUUGCUUUCACCAGCUCUCUUUCAAACCCGAGUGAUCCCUGUGCUUCUAAAGCUGUUUGAAGUUCAUGAAGAACAUGUCCGGAUGGUGCUUCUGUCUCACAUAGAUGCAUAUGCAAAGUACUUCACUCAGGAGCAGCUGAAAAAAGUCAUCUUGCCACAGGUUUUGCUGGGCCUGCGUGAUACCAACGAUUCUAUUGUAGCCAUAACCCUUCACAGCCUGGCCGUGCUGGUUUCUCUACUUGGACCAGAGGUGGUCGUGGGAGGAGAAAGAACCAAGAUAUUCAAAUGCACAGCACCAAGUUUCAAAAAAACAGCUGAUGUUUCUUCAGAAGGUGAAGAGGCAUCUCAGCCUAUUCAGCUCUCCAUAAAUGGAGUCCCACCAAUAAGAAGUGCUUCAGGUGAUGGUACAAACUCUCCCUCAAAUUCUAAAAAAUCAGGAGAGGAAUGGCCAGACUGGAGUGAGCCUGAAGAGCCCUCUGAGAACCAGAUGGUCAGCAUACAGAUGUGGCCUGUAGAAUCAUGUGAGGAUCCGAGGCCUCAUUUUACUAAUUUGACUCCGGAGGAGAGUUGGGAUAAUUUUGAGCCUACUGAUCCUAAAGCAUCUCCAGGGAAUGGCCUUAGCACAGCAAGGCCCAAUACUGCAAGAGAGCAGAAGCAAGAUCCUGUUGUCCUUCCUCUAGACAAAGAAGAGACCAAGACUCUAAAAGUGAACCCACCCCUAAAGGCUGACCCCACGGGAAGCUGGGAUGAUUUAAAACUAACAAAAUUGCCACAAGAGAGGUCCCUUAAAGCUCCAUCAGAGUUUGGUUUAGGAGAAGAAUACACUAUUCAGGUGAAAAGAAAACCAAUACAAGAUCCUGAGUUGGACUGGUUUGCUGAUAUGAUCCCAGAAAUUAAGCCUUCAGAAGCUUUCCUAAUCUUACCUGAACUGAGGACAGAGAGGAGAGCUCCCAACAAUGACAUCUCACCUACUCUGCAAUUUUCAUCAAAAUUUGCUGCAACUGAAGCUACUGAGGGAGAAGCUGAAGGCUGGGGAGAAGAAGACGAAUUAAAUUGGGAAGAAGAUGAUAGUAGCUGGUGACAACUAGCAUGAUGUGGACUCCAGAAAUAUUUUCUGUAUUGGUUUUACAACUUAUUACCUCAACAGCAGGCACCUAACAGAGAGGUCAUGAUGACCCAAACAGCCUAUUUUUCCUGUACCAGGAAGCCUUUUUCCCAGUUUGUGCCAACUGCUGUGGAGAAACUGAGACCUAUGCUAAAAGCCAUGGGUGAAAAUAAAGUUCACACCACUGGAUUCCAGGAGAAAGGACCUAUUGUAUCUGAGGCCAGAUUCCCUGAAGAUCAAGUGGCUGUGGAAAGUAAAGGUUGUAUUUUUUAUUUUUCCAGGACAAUUCUAGAAAACUGAAGAUAAUAAAUACAAAAAUUUUAGUUUCUAACUUAAUUUUGUGCCAUUUUUUUUUUCCUAUAGCCAGAAGAAUAAGUCCCACUGUUAAUGGCUCCCUUAGAGCUUGGAUGAAUUAUUUCAGAUAAUUGGGCAACUUAUUUAUUUAUAUGUACAGCUAUAUGAUGAGGUCCUAUGUGAACCUGGCCCUUUUGUGGACUGUUCUAAAAGACACCAAAGUUCUUAAUGAGAACAUCACUUCUAUUCUUUAAACGUGACCAAUAAAUAAUAUUUUCAAGUCUA